GUGGUGGCCUUGGGAGAUGUGCCCGAUGGGACGCUGGUGACGGUGAUGGCUGGAAAUGAUGAAAACUACUCCGCAGAACUCAGAAAUGCCACAGCCGCCAUGAAAAACCAAGUAGCAAGGUUCAACGACCUCCGAUUCGUGGGUAGAAGUGGAAGAGGGAAGAGCUUCACGCUGACUAUCACCGUCUUCACAAAUCCACCACAAGUAGCCACAUACCACAGAGCCAUCAAGAUAACAGUGGACGGACCUCGCGAACCCAGAA